AUUUCCGGUGAAUUAGGUUUUGGUGGUGGACGAAAUGACGAUCGACGACGAAACCUCCGUCUAUGUCGGCAACCUGCCUUACGAUGCUACUGAAGAUAGCAUUCGAAGUGUCUUCGAUCUCUACGGCCAAAUAAUCGCAGUCAAGAUAAUCAACGACCGUGGAAUAGGUGGAAAAUGCUAUGGUUUUGUUACUUUUACAAAUCCCCGAUCUGCAGUUGAUGCGAUUAAUGAUAUGGACGGAAGGACCGUUGAUGGACGAGUUGUAAAAGUGAAUGAAGUGAAGACUAGAGGUGGGAGGUCAAAUUUUGGUCGGGACGGUUUUCGACGUAAUGACCGAGAUGUGGAGUUGGACAGGGGUAGAGAUAGAGAUAGAGAGAGAGACUAUGGCCGUGUGAGAGAUCGGUCUAGGGAUCAAAAUAGAGAAUGGUCUCGAGAUCGUGAUCAGGAUAAAGAAAGGGGAUAUGACCGUGCACGUGAUCUUGAUCGGUCAAGGGAACGAUUUGUUGACAGGGAUAGGGGACAUGAUCGAGAUAAAGAUAUGGAUGGCACUGAACAUGAGCAUGAACGAGAUCAUGAACAGGCAUGGGAAAAGGACAGACAAUUAGACAGGGAUCAAGUGAAAGAGAUGAGGAGAAGUGACAUUCAUCAUAGAAGCGGGAACAAAUAUAAAGAUCAAACGGCUAAAUUAGCAAAUGGUGAGCGCCAUAGCAGAGAGCAUCCAUCAGGGUCAAGUCAUGGAGAUCAGGAUCAGGUUGCAAAGCAACUCGAUGUUUCACGCCAAAAAAUAGAAGAACUCCAAAAAGAGGUUUUUCGCAUGGAAGAGCUUGUAGAAGAGAGAGGUGAUCAUGUAUCUAAGCUGCAAGAGAAGUCUCAGAAACUAGAGGGUGCAUUGGCAUCUGCUAAAAAGCUCACUUCAAAUCGUAAGAAGCAAUUGAUCAAGCUGCAUAAAUGUUUUCUUAAUAUGAAAGAAUAUGGGGAGAAACUUAAAAGCUGUGAAGAGGAACUUCAGUUACUUGUAGGGUCAACAAUGAAAGAACUAGAAAAUCACAAUGGAGUGGACACAGAUGGACUCCUGGCUAAUGCCAAUGGUUAACACCGGAUGAUUAUGUAAUAACCACUUUUCGACUAGGGUCAUUAUUGUCAUUUCAAAUGCAAACUCAGUUUCUUGUUUUCAUUGUAGAUAUAUUUCUAAAUCACAAAUAGAUGUUGAAACCAA